AUGAAGAUGCCAGAUGCUCCGGCGCAUCCGUUAUUAUGUUUGCUGCUUUUCGCUCUAGUUUUCCGUCCCGGGACAGCGGCGGAGGUCUCCGUGUGGAGCGUGGACAUCAACUCGACACAAGAUGCUGUGUUUCGGAAGACGCUGUACGCCAACACUACAAUCUACAUGAACUUCCAGGGUGACACGGCGUCAUGUGACAGAAACUUGGCCUUCAACAUCAGCUGGUACCUGCGCUCGUCUGUUUGCUAUAACGAAGUCUUUAACACGCCAGACAACAAGGCGAGGAACAUGUUCGGCAUGGACCACAUGUUGAAGGAUGGCUGGAGCGGCUUCUACAGUCAAGGCUACAUGUACUUCGAAAACUGCUCCUCCCUCUUCUCCCCGAAGGCGUACUACUCAGACUUCAACCCUUAUCAGCCGCUUUCCAGCCCAAAGAGCGACACAUCGAAUCAGAGCCUCACGUGGCCUGACAAGCCGGAUCGCGGUGCCGUGGCCAAAGCCUGGGACGACAGUCCAUAUCUGUUCAUCGUGAGGGUUCAUUGUCAGCCUCGUAACACUGAGGAUGAAGACACAGGAGAGCAGCUCAACUUUGCUUUUACAAUGAAAGUGGAGAUGAGAGGACCACACGACUACUCCUCUCCAGCCGACUGGCCCCAGAUGAUGUUCUUCAUGGUCAUGUGUAUCGUGUACGUUCUGUUCGGGGCUCUCUGGCUCUUCUGGUGUGCCUGUUACUGGAGGGACCUGCUGCGGAUCCAGUUCUGGAUCGGUGCCGUCAUCAUCCUCGGCAUGCUGGAGAAAGCCGUUUUCUACUCCGAAUAUCAGAGCAUCCGCUACAAAGGAGACUACGUUCUGGGUGCUGUGAUUUUCGCUGAGCUGCUCUCUGCUCUCAAAAGAUCUCUCGCUCGAAUCCUCGUCCUCAUCGUCAGUCUCGGCUACGGAAUAGUCAAGCCCAGGCUGGGUACCACGGUUCACCGGCUGGUAGCUGUUGGCCUUCUCUAUCUUCUCUUCUCGUCGGUGGAAGGAGUGCUCAGAGUCACGGGAGGUUUCUAUGGAACGGUCGCUCUGGUGGCUAAUCUCAGCCUCUCCCUCAUCGACUCCUGUGUCAUGUGGUGGAUUUUCAUCAGCUUGUCUCAAACCACUCGUCUCCUGAAGCUCCGCAGAAAUGUAGUGAAGCUCUCUUUAUAUCAGCACUUUACCAACACGCUCAUCUUCUCUGUUGUCGCUUCCAUCAUUUUCAUCAUCUGGACCACCAAAGUCUUCAAACUGGUCGACUGCCAGAGGGGUUGGCGGGACUUGUGGGUAGACGAUGCCUUCUGGCGUCUCCUGUUUUCCACCAUUCUGCUGGUCAUCAUGGUGCUGUUGAGGCCUUCUGCAAACAGUCAGAGGUUCUCCCAUUCCCCUCUGAUUGAUGAAGACGAUGAAGAGGAAGAGGCCAAGGAGCCCAUGCUGAACGAAGCGUUUGAGGGAAUGAAGAUGAGAGGCUCAAAGCCCGACACGAACGGCUCCCAGAAGUUAUUGUCUAAAGAGGAUGAAGACCUGAAGUGGGUCGAGGAGAACAUUCCUACAACUGUUGCUGAUGUAGCUCUCCCUGUCAUGCUCGAUGAGGAGGAGGAAAUCCUGAAAACCAAGAUGGAGCGAUCCAAAAUGGAGUGAAUGCAAGAAGGUGGUGCGAGACGGAACAGAAAGCAAUUUCACUGAGGCAGCAACGAAUGCGUUCGGAGUGAUCAGAUUACCAAAAAAUGUGGGAAAAGCCAACAGUUGUCUCCAGACACUUUAACAUUUUUAUUUUUGUUUAGUUUCACACGUGUUGUGUAACACUAUAAUAAGCUCAAAGAAGCAUGACUAGUGUGUUAUAUUAAGGCCGUACUGUUGGAUGGGUUGGCUGUUGAUGUCAAGGUCAGCAUUCUGGGGUGAAACCGAAGCGACUACACAGAAGAGCAUUUUUAUAAAUAUUUUAUUUGUUUCGAUGAUGUUUCUACACGAACUUGGCCGCACAGAAACGGGGCGCGCUACGUUUGUUUGCCCUCACGGAAAAUAGAAUAUUUAUCAGAAUCCUGUCCUGUGGUUUUGGACUAAUACAAUAUUUAAUGUGGUUUCGUAACCGCUGGGUAGAUGUUGAAAACAUUUGCGAUAACUUCUGCAGAAGUGACGCCCGAUAAGUCGGAUUUGAACCUAGAUCAGGUAAGACAUGAUGCUUGGUGGUCGUCGCAGCCGAGAUGUCAGCUGAUAGGACAAAUGAAGGAGGAAACACAUGCUGAGAACAACAACGUAUUGUGCGUUUAGAUGAUUUAAGUCUUUAAGUUCCCCUCUGAUGGUUUAUUAAACCCCUAAAACUCAUCUCUGCGCAUUAAAGUUGCAUAUUCUGAAGUUUUUUUCCAGCACUUGCUGCAGCUCGAGCACACCAGCUCACCUUCGACUCUACUCAAACCUUGCUUACAACUUCUGAAGAAGAAGAAGAAUGAUGCAGACAGUGCCACCGUGCAGACUGACAGCAUUAGUUCUUCUGGUUUGUUACGUAUGAAACUCUAAAUACUAAACUAUAAAAACUACUUCAGUUCCAUCAGAGGGGGACUUUAACAAAUGAACACUAGAUUAUCCUCAGAGACCUGCUGCGCAAUACACACCGUACAUAACAGGGUGAGCACACGCUUGUGCAAUACCUCUUAAAUGUCAGAUGAUUCUGAAUUGUGGCAUCUUAGACUCAUUGCAUUACCUCCCAAGUGAACAGUCAGGUAUAGUAAAAAUACGGUCAUAAACUAGCAGUUUAGGUGUAUGAUAUUAAACAUUCAGGCCCCACAGCAGACGCUCAAUGCAACAAAAGUCAAAGAGAUUCUAAUUUUUUAUUUUUAUUACUUCCUACGUCCAAGGUGUUUGAGUUUUGUUGCUCUCCCUUUUACUUAUAACUACCCCAAAAUGGUUCUAAUCCGUUCACAUUCUCUACCGCGUCACUCUUUUUACUUCUUUAAUGAUUACAUGCUCCCAGUUUCUGCUUUGGGGCCCUAAUUUUCAAUAUAAUCUUUAGUUUUUGAUCAUUCAUUAGAGAAAAUACUCAACUUGUCAACUUAGAACUGCUGCAACCCCGAAGAGAUGGUACACUUGAGGAAUCAUUUGACUUCUAAGUGACUCACUUCUGUCGUAUACUUAAACACUGUAGUUUUCAGCAUGUGUUUUAUUCUGUUAUUGUUGGUCACGUGAUGAUUUAAUAUUUAAACAAGCAGGUGUAUAUGAUUAACCAUUUAGCCAGAUAACUGAAGGAGAAUGUUUUAAUGCCUCUGCGUAGCCGUUUUCUAAGUUUAUUUCUUGUAGCUAAACCAACCAACGAUGUUCGUGUGUGUUAUUGUCGACACAUAAGUACCACCUUGUUGUCUGGCUAACUGAGUAAUCCUGAAUUUAGAAUUAAAUAAGCCACUGUUACUACACAGUAUGACUUCAGUGAACAUUGAUACUUGAAGCAUAUCACAUUUGUUGGGAAAUCGUGCUACAUCUCUGUUUUUUGGGAGGGGGAAACUGUAAUUUUUUGGGAGAAUGUAAUGAGGCUCUUGGUUGUUGAGCUCUUAAAGCCAAGUAUAUACUGUCGGACCACUGUCCAUUUUGUAGACACGAGCCAGAUCACUUCUCUGGGAUGUCAUUUCUUUACAGAGCACCUAAAGCAGCUGAAAAUGUGACUCCAGAAUUGGUGAUUUACAAGAAAAAUUACCCUUCAUGGUCCUCAGUUAAAGGUGAAAAUGCGUGAUCCUUAUAAAAACAAAUGGCAGACCCAUUUGCAAGCAUAACCGGUCGUGUGUCCAAAGUUAAGCCUGUUUAUUUUCACAUUUAGAAACAGUGACGCUUGGUAGCUAUUCACAUAAUCACAGUGAUUUAGGUCCACUUUAUGUUGACGUCACCAAAACGUAAACUUUUUUUAGCCACUGAAUAGCAGUACUAAGAAUAUGUUGUGGGCCCAAAUUCAAUUCUACAUGUGAUUUACUGCUUAUAUGUAAUCCUUUCUCACUCCCCCCUGCACCGACUGGGCCACAGUUCUCUUUAGAUCCUCGCUCAAAAUUUAGUAGCACAGGGUAGUUUUCAAGAAGUACUGUAAAUGAUAAAUUAUUAAUGAUCAUUUCACCGUAAUUGCAGAUUCCUUUGAGCCUUUUCCCGAUCACACUGCAAAGUUGUCUUGCCUUACGUGGCAGAAUUAUAUCCUCAUCCUUGUGCAGUCUACUGCAGUAUGAGUGGAGAUUCUAAAAUCCUUAAUUUAUGUUUUUGUUUUUUUUAAUAUAUUUGUCCAAGUCUUGUUGAGAUUAUUUUAUUUCAGAGAGACACUAAAGCCCUAUUUCUGGAUUUGAGUCUGCAUUGUAUUGUGAAGCUGAUGAUAUUGUAUGGCUUUUUGCGUAUGUCCUGCAAAUAAAUUUAUAUUGAACUAUG